AUGAUUCCAUCGCUUGUUGUUCCACAGGAACCCAAUGAGAAGCCGGCUAAAAGAGAAAACCCUCACAAGUAUUUGCUGUACAAGCCAACAUUCAGCCAGCUUUUUACUUUCUUGUCCGCCUCUUUUAAGGAGUUGCCUGCCAACAGCGUUCUGCUUGUGUACCUGUCAGCGACGGGAGUCUUCCCUACUGGCAAUUCAGAUUAUGAAGGACCAUAUGAUUUUGGAGGAGUCCUCACAAAUACAAAUCGAGAUGUGGUGAACGGAGAGACGGUGCAGAAGAGGAAUCAGGCUCAGAAAGAAAUGCACUGCCUUCAUCCAGGGGACUUAUUCCCUUUCACCCGGAAGCCACUCUUUGUCAUCGUAGAUUCUUCAAACAGCACAGCCUACAAGCAUUUCACAAAUCUGUUUGGGCAGCCUCUGGUGUGCCUGCUGUCACCUACAGUAUAUCCCAAGAGUGUGCAAGAUCAGUCUCAGCGUGGGAGUCUCUUCACUCUGUUCCUCUACAGUCCCCUCUUAGCGUUCGCCUCUGUGUGUGGAUUAACCAGUGUGCAGCGAGGCCUGUGGGAAAGGGCUCAAGAGUUUCUCUGUAAAGUCUACCGGGACAUUGGGCAGAUGAUUACUCGAUCACGAACCAUAGAUCAAGCCUUUUUGCAAUUCUUUGGUGACGAGUUCCUCCGGCUGCUGCUGAUCCGCUUUGUGUUCUGCUCAGCUGCACUGAGACUGCAUAAACUCUUCCGGGAGGCCCAGAGCUUCCCGGAGUCGUACCCUGAGCUCCCUAAACAGGACACAGUGGAGAGCAUCCUUCUACAGAAGCAUAUUUUGGAGCUGGCGACUAUGCUGGAUGUCCAGAGCCUAUUUUGGGAUGAUCCACCAGAAGCCUACUAACAUCUUUGCUCAGGGCAAAAUGGCAUAUGUGUACAUACAGACUCAACUGCCAGGGCCCUCAUAGUUCUCUUUUUUUUUGUUUACAGGUAAUGAAAUAAUUCAUUCAGAACAUAAAAGCUCAUGUCACGCAUUUCACUGUUACUUGUGGAAGCAAAUGUAGUGCAACAUUAAAAUGUCCACAUAGAUACUGUAAGUUUAGUAUAAUUUGCCCGUUAUGAGUCUCAGCGGCUUCCUCCUAAAUGUAAUCAGCAUCAUGUCCUCCUCACCAGCCUCCACAUGUGAGGUUAAAACCUGCAGCCUCCAACUGUAUUCCUCCUCACAGAAUUGUUGGCAAUCUUGGUUUCAUGUUUAUUUGAAAUGAUAUUUAUUGUUGUUAAUUAGAGGGAAGGUUGUGUAAGCCUAAGAGAUAGAGAAUAGAAGAACCCUGUGUGACUGUAUCUGUGUGUGAAGGUUGAGAGAGAGCACAGUGCUGAACAAAAGCCUUCUCUGCAUCAGUACAUAUGGAAAGCAGCUUUAAUGUUAGCACAUUAUCCCUACGCUAGCUUAGAAGCUGAAUCUUUCAUCAAAAACCUUAUCACUGGUAUUUGCCAAACAGUGCUUGCUGUUUAACAGCUUAACUUGUAGCAGGCUGAGGUGCAUGAGGUCAUGUUCUGUUGUGUGUUGUAAGUCCUCAUUAGUUGGAAAAAUAUCACACACCCUUGGUGACAUUAACCAGCAAUCCAUCUAAUACCUUGAAUUGUCUGUUGUUUAGCCUUGAGCCUUUUCAAAGUGAUUGUUGUUGCUCUUCCAUGUCACUGUGCUGUAUUUGCAUGCAAGAAAUGUAUCCAUGUAGUUGUUUUAUCCACAAAGACCGGCCUCCAACUUUGAGGCUCUAGAAAGGCUUGUAGAUGUGAAACGGCAUGGUUGGACAGUAAGUUGAGCCAGUGCAUGUGUUGCAUGGGCCCGUACAUUUGUAGUUGUCAGCAAAUGAAGACAAUCUAGUUUGUAACAGAGGAGAUGAAGGAAGGCAGCAUGCACACUAACGUGCAUCAUUCCGUUAAUUACUUAAAUGGCACCAAAACACUUCCGUCACCUUUUAAUGACGAGCGGUUCUAUUCUGUUACCUGCCCGUUGCUUGAAUGCAAUAUCAUCGGCAGUCGGGUCACUUUCCUCACACGUUGGCUACAUAGGUUCCACUCUCACGUUGAUCCAAACAGCUUACAGAUCUUUGUCAGUUCGGUACGCUCAGACUGCAGGCAGAUUUCUUUCUGAUCACUUUCAUUAGCAAGUGAUCAGAAGUGAGAAUCCUUUUGACAGUUUGAUUAGAUGCCCAUGUCCACGAGGGUUGUCCAUCGGCAAACCUGUGUGAACGCUCCUGUGUAUGCACACACCCACGUAAACAGGACUACAUGAGGUGUAGUUGUCUAGUGGUUCAUAGAAGAACUGCAGCUGAAGGCACUAAUGGUGGCUGCUGCAUGCAGGCAAGAACUCUUGAGUUAUUUAAAAAAUGAAAGUAGUUUGUCGGUAGUUUAAAUAAAGUUUUCUGUUGAUGGGGAUUGUGAGGAAUGAAAUGGAUCACAGGAAACUGAUGCUGUUCAUGGCCUGAAGCAGGCAGCCAGCUGUUCCUUUGACUGAGGCAUAUUAUGCUGAGGCGUUGUAUUCCAUCAGUGGUCAAAGACACACUUCCAGGAUGCCCUGGAUCCUAAUGCAGCCCAGGACCUUUAUCAUCAUUCAUCCCUCUCUCUCCGAUACUUUUCUGUCUCUUUCAACUCUCUAAACACCAACGAUCUGAAAAUAUUCGCUUGCCAGUGAAUCAAAGAAGUAUCGGACUUCUAAAAUAGCAUGAGCGCUGUCCCAGCUAGCACCUUUUCAUUUACUUCAUGUAUUGUUUCUGCAAUAGAAAGUAGACAUCAGUAGACAUCAGUAGACUGCUGUCUGGUGCCAGAAUGAAAUCCCCCAUGUUGUCUCACUUUACAGACAUUUCUCUCCAGAGACCUGCUUAGUGGAGAAAAGGUGUCGGGAGAAGAAUUUCUACAUUUAGACGCAAUCAGUGGUGUGCAAAUAUUAUUUAAACAACGUAUUGAUAUUAUAUUUUAUAUUCCAGAAUCUAACAAGCUGCAUCUUUUCUAGUAAGCACGUUCUUCACAGAACACGUGACAGCACUGGGCUGUUUGUUUUAAAGCAGGUUCAUGCUGCUGAACUGUUCCAGAGGGUACGCAGGUUUCUGACUAGUCAUGGAUAAUAGGUACCACUGUAAUGUUCAUUUGUGUCCCACUAGCCCAAAGAUGGCAGUGUCUGUCAGCAUGUUCCCAUAGAAUACUAUGACCCAAAGAAGGAUAGUUCAAGUACUGUCCAAACGAACAGGAAAUAUCUGAUUGGCUGAAAGGUAGAUUCCUAAAGGUGUUGAUGCCUGCCUCAACAUUUGGGCCAAGACAAGGAAUCUCCAGAAUGACUGACCAAAUUUCCAAAUGUUGCUGUGUCUGUCCGUAGACCUUCAGAGCACUUUUUAGGCCAAAAUGUUACUUUAUCGUUUUUAAAGUGUCUGUAUGCAAUAUAUUUUGUCCAGCACCACUCAGGUCUCUAGCUCGGCUUCAGGACUCUGUUUUUCACAGUUUCAUAUGUUUUGAAUUAUGCUCCACAUCUUAACACACACCAAAGUAGAAACAAGCUGAAGGCAAGUAUAUAAUGUGAAAUGUUGACCAUUGGGGAUUGAUUUCUGACACUGACAGGAGGAGUGAUUGCACCUUGUAGUGAUUGUAGUGAUGCAGAUACUGAAAGCAGCUGACAGUUACCUGCCCCUGACCAAAAUGUUCAAUGAUGCAGGAUGUAGCCAAGCCAGCUGGUUGGAUUACAACCUUUGAAUUGAUAGAAAUGAUAAGAACACUAUUUUUUAGUGUUGGUUAUAUUUAUUGACAUUGAUAGUUUGUGUACAGAUAAUGUAAAGCAAUGUUUUGGCACAGACGUGUGUUCAGUAUUUAGUAAGUCUAUAAAAUGUGUGAUGAAAUAUGGCGUUAAACUUAAAGGAGCAGUGUGUAGGAUUUAGCGGCAUCCAGUGGUGAAGUUGCAGAUUGCAACCAACUGAAUAUGCGUCCCUUCUCUGGCGUAGAGAGAACUACGGUGGCCUGCAGGUGACGAGAGAACGUGACGGCUCUCUGGGUCGUCCUUUCUGGGCUUCUGUAGAAACAUGGUGGACUCUGUGUGGAGGACCGGCUCCCACUGCAGAUGUGAAGAGCUCAUGCUAAGCUAACUAAAACACAAUGGUUCUGAUGAAAACAUGGUUAUGAAGAUUAUAUUCCAUUUGUGCCAAUAAAUCCCCCUUAAUGUUACACACUGUUCUUUUAAGGAAGAGCUGUUAAUGAGGCCACUUUGUUCUUUGGCCAUUUUUUAAAAAUAUGUGACAUUCCAACUUUCCAAGGACUUGAAGAGAGGCAGAGGACAAGUACCACUGCUCUCUCCAUUUUACAUGUGUCUGGUAAAGUGAGCCGUUUCUACACUUCCUUCUAUUUUCAUUGUAAUAUCAACCUCCACGUUCCCUUGUGUUGACAGUUAUGACGAUUAAGAUAUUGUAGGCUUGCACUUUAUGGAGUUUAAUAUUGUUCUGAUCUUGUUGUGCUGUGAGAAUAAUCCUUCCAUGUGAGUGUUCCUCAUGCCAGCUCUUCAUACUGGUGACCUUCUUUUUUUACUCACUCAGUGAUUUCAAACCUUUUCUUAUAGGAACUGCUCGUCUGCUGUCACUUUUUAACAGCCUCUUCCUGAAAUGUGUCAAACAUGUUUGCUGAUUUCCAAAAAGUGUUGAAUAGGCAGCAAUAACAUGUUCAUGUACAUGUGUGGCAGAGUUCCACAUCCUUCUGUUUGCUAGACAGUGGUGCUCUAAGACGAUGCUGUCGGAGGGAAUUGCAAGUCAAAUCAUGCUUUUUUUAAACUUUAAGGAAUAUCAACAGCAACACUAACAUUUGACAUGUUUGGACAUCAAUUAAGACAGAAGAAGAAGUGAAGAAAUGUGUUCAUUUAAACUGUCAAAUAUUGCAAGUCUGAAAAAGUCCUGAUUACAUGUUCUUGUAUGGUGUUCAAAUCCAUGAAAAUAUCAAGUAUGUGGCCUAAUGGCACAACUUAAGCAUUAUUUAAUGGAAAAUAAGCUCAAACAGUGAAGUGACAUUGUUCUCUGAUCAUAAUGAAACAUCAAAGAAACAAAGAUGGCGUUUAGCUUCUGUUGAGCCCGUUGGCUGUCGUGAUGUCUCCUGUGCUUCAUAUUUAAGACAGGACUGUGAACACAACCAGCUCAUUUCUUAUGUAGCACCAGUGGGUUAGUAGCACAGGAGAAGUCUACAUAUUCCUCACACACUAAAGCUCCUUCAGACGGGAUUGUGUGUGAUGGUGAAUAUUAGUUUUUUAAUUAUUGUUCUCAAUUUGACACAAAGCAGCCAGCAGCAUGUGGUGGUGUGUAGAACUGUUCUGUGAUGAAAUGGCGUUUCCUGCUUCACAUUAUCUGAUGGUGUAUCAGCAUGGCCUGUUAGAGUCCUGGAAACCGAGGAAUUCUUUUUAACAAGAUAACUUGUGUGAACAAGAUGUUAAGAAGGUAACAUUUGUGUGAUUAAGAUAAGUGUGAGCAAUAUAUCAAUUUGUGUAAACGAGACACUAACUUUUGCUAACGAGACAACUUAUGCCACUGAGAUAUAAACAAGAUUAACUUGUAUAAACAAGCUUGCUUGUGUAAUACGAAUCUGUGCAAACGAGGUAUGAACUAGAUAACAGACCUUUUUGUUCAUUCGAGGUGAAAAUCCGAUGUUGGAAUCGGGGCUGAUCUACAACUUCAUGCACAGUUCAUGCUGUACUCGGAUGACAAAGCCUUACUGGAGGUGCACACUAAAACCCAGGAGUAAAACCCACUCUAGUGGCAUGAGGCUUUCCUCUCUGCUAGUCUCUUCACCUAAAAUAGAGUAGUUUACAAACUGCUGCUGAGUGCUCAAAGAUACUUCUCGGUAUUCUUGUAUGUGAACUGGUUUAGCCUUAUUGGAUACAAGUUUCCCUCAUUUGAAGCCUUGUUUUUUGAGAAUCGGGCUUUCAAAUUAUUCCUACUUUUCCUUUACUGGACCCAUAUUGCAGUUUGAUGCCUUUACUUAUUCCCAUGCCUAACAGUUGAGACUAAGGUAAACAUAGAUACUGUCGGGUCUUUCCAGUUGUUUCAACCAGCUACAAUAAAGGUUCUCGGCAGAAAAUGUCUCAGCUACAUAAAUCAUUUUUUGCAGCGCCACAGAAUCGAUGGUUUCUUUUCUAAAGCUGCCACAGUGCACGUAGUCCGACAUUCAUACCAAGAAGAUGCACAGAAACCAAUUGAUUUGACAGUUAGAGAAAAUAACAGGGAGGAUUUCAAGGCCCGCCUUAGGGGUAUGAGACAAAUCGGUGCUCGCCGAGCAUAACCAGUAUUAGAAUCUACCAGCACAAGAUCUUAAUGUUUUUCACAUGCCGCAAGCACAAAAGCCACUGCUCAAUAUAAUGGACCCACAUCCACAGAGAAGCAUGUUGACGCCUCUUGGGAACACAACUCAAAUAACUGCCGACUGAUCAAUCCUGUUUUCUCCCCCAGAUAUGCAGGGGUCAUUUCUACCUUUUUAUACUGUAACAAAUGUCCAAAAGAUGGGUGAAGCCUUCCUUUAGAGCAACACUUGUGACUUGCUUGUUAUGAUUUUCAGUCAGUGUCAAGUUUUGAGAAUACAUGACAGUUUAAGUUAAAAAAAAAAUGCACAGAUGAUUUUUCAUUGUGCAGCAUGUUUGUUUAGAAUAGAAAGUGCCAAAGACUGAUGUGCUCUUGCUUUCCCAUCUUAACAGUGAUUGAGAUCAAUUAUUGUAUCGGAUGGUUGUUUUUUCUUUUUUCUUUGUUGCCAGAUGGAGCCAAUAAAGAAAAUGAAAAAUGUGGCUUCAUAAAA